UAUAUAAAACUGCCUAACGUCAUCACUCAAUUUAAUAUUGUUGAUGACAUGUACUACAGAACAAAAUGUAGUUUUGUAAAUCCAAAAAAACAGACUUUAAUUGCAACUGUUACUUACUCACCUGCGAUUCUAGUGCCAACGUAUGUUGACAUGGAAGUUGAACGCAGGACUGCAACUUGUGUGGGACUUAUACAUGUUUAUAUAUUUAACGUACCGACUGCAAUUGGAGAUACUGGUGUGCCCAGCUUUCUGAAUCCCGAAUACUGAGCACGACUGUUUUCAGCCUGCACUUCAACACUCAUGUCAACGGAGUUAUACAGGUACUCUGGUUUCCAUUUUACUGCGUUUGUAAAAUAUUGACGUGAAUAACGUACUUACAUUGUGGACUUCUUUGUACUCAGUGGUAAUUUUCAUCAGACAGUCAGUCAUCAGACAAACUUUUGGCAUGUCAACUGGCCAAUUAUCUGAACAAAGCUAAUAACUCCUUAGGAGUUUGCACAUUAUUUUGGGAAAUGAGUGUGUGUAGAUCACCUCUGUAAUAACCCACAUGUAAUAACCAGCCUAUUGUCAUCUGGUUGAGCAAUUUUUCGGGUACAUUUUCGGUAAACUGGCAGGAUACUGCAUAGUUCGUGAACAAGUUACUUGCUUGCUACAACAGUUAGUUGGUUCUUGCUUGAUGAGUUGUUGACUACGAACUCUUUAGUUUUUGGCUAAAUGAUAUUUUAAAUUCAGAAAUUAGUUCAAAUUAAUAGCUUGUGAGUAAGUGAAACACAAAAAUGUAUUCAGUAGCGGGACUAUCACAAGAUUAUGUACUUAUUUAGUGGAUAUGCACUUACAAGAUACAUCUGUAAGUGCAACGUGCCCAUGACUAACAAGAACAUCGAUGUACCUAUGUCAUUGUCAUGAUGCAUAAAAACAUUUCGUUUUGUAAACUUGCUAAUUAGUUAUUGUUUUAUAUUCAAUGCUCAAAAAUUCCGGUAAAUUAUAGUGCUCUUGCAGCCACUUUUCCAAAGGUUUUCACGUCUGUUACUACUUGAUCUCUGUUAGUUUCUCUAUAGUCUUAUCAUCUUCUGAAGAUUGCUUACAAUAUCAACUUAAAUCUUGAGACUUUAUUUUCGAUUUUGAGAUGGUCAAAUGAUCUAACUUCACUCAAGAUCACUGACUAUUUAAAAAUAUCAUUACUUGUCCUAGUAAAGAUCAUUCGCCGAUUUUUGAAAUUGUUUCAUUUGUGUUACCUUUAAUCUUCAACCACUUCGGAAGCGAUGACUUUAUAGUUUGACGAGAAAUCAAGCGACAAAGAUGAAAUACUGUCCAUUGCAUUUUAUAAGCAUAUUUUAUGUAUUGAGAUCUGGAUUGUUUUAUGAGAUAUCGCUCACAAUUUGAAACGCAAAUGAAUCCUAAGGGUGAAAAUAUUGCUUAGUAAUGUUUGAGAGCUCAGUGUUCGUUCGAAUCAAGGAUUAGUAUGUAUUCAGUGCUUAUUAAUUCUGUAGUGGAACUGGGAAUGCUUCGCCAUAUAACGUUCACUGCAUGUUAAUAACGAUCUGGACCUAGUGGGUUUCUGGCUUUAUAGUAAGAUCAGUGGGCUCAGUGAGUUACAUGUCUGAAACUUUAUGAACCGUCUCCCUCAAUCUUCUUACAAUUAUCCCAUCUAAUCAGCGUUUGACUGUAGUAGAUCGCUAUUAAAAUGUCACAAACAUUUUAGUCGAUGAGUUUUUGUAGCUUCAUUAACUGAUUUACCACGUUUUACUAGUACCCUAGAUUUAAUUACACCACUACUCCCUUUUGCGUUCUAUUAUACAUGGGGGGAAGGGUGCUUUAAAGACCUCUACGGACUAAUACUAUUAAGUUACGUAUAUUCUCUACCUUCAAAGUUUAUGCUUAUCAGUCACUGCAAAACUCCGUCCUUUGGUUGAUAGAUUAACAUGUUUUCGCUAUAUGAGGGACCCAAUUUCAAAGGUGAAUCAAAUUCUUAUGAUAGGAGUGUUUAAUGCUAUUUUGCACCAAGAAAUUAGUUAAAUAAUCUUCAUUUUCACAGACAAGUUCAAACGCGAUGACAAUGAAAGAUUGAAAUUUAAUACUGUGCUACAGUCUAUGAGUUCACUUAAGAUUUUCGUAACUGAAAUACGCUGAGAAGCAAAUUUUCGUCCUGUCUUCUUCAAAUACUCGUUACAAUAAACCUGUUUUCUAUCGAAUUGAGAAAGGAACAGUGAAGUCAAGUGACUUUUGUAUUUAAUACUAGUCUUUUCAUGAUAAUGUAUUCUCGACAGAAAUAAAGUCCCAGUGUUUAUUUUUUAACAGGACUUGAAGUAAGAGUUGAGUAUCAGGUUCAUUUAUUUGUGUGAUUUUUGACCAUUUUUUUACUGAGAGUGUGGUAGUCAUAAUAUUUUAUUCGAAGGUUAAAACUGUUAAGAAGUCAAAGAUAAUGAUGAAAGACUUCUGUGUUGCUUGUUUUCCCUCACUUUUUUGAAUAAGAGUUCUUGAUAAAAUUUAAAAUGAUAUAUCAUUGUUCCCAAGGUUUAUUACUCUGUCACCCUUAUUUUUUCCACAGGUGGUUAGUUCUCACUCAAACAACUUUCUCUGGUAAUAUCCUUCAAAUUAAUGUCGCUUGGCCAAAAUUUUUCUGACGUAAUCCUUGUUUCUAUAUGAAAGUUACUGGAUUUAAACACUGAAACCCGGACUAGAAACAUGCCACAAAUUGCAAUCGAUGGUGUAGAGAUUGAUUUUCCUUAUCAACCAUAUGAUUGCCAAAUUGAAUAUAUGACAAAGGUUCUGUUAUCAUUAAAUGAGGGUAAACAUGCCAUUUUGGAGUCACCUACUGGUACCGGUAAAACGUUAUGCCUGUUAUGCGCUUCAUUGGCAUGGCUUAAUAAACAAGCGAAUUCAGUACAAUCAAUAACAAAUGCUAAACAUCAAAAUACAAUGGGUAAACGGCCUACCAGUGAUAAUGUUGAUAAUACGUUAUCUCAUCAGAAUUUUCUUGCAAGUUUGGGUAAAGUGAAUAAUGGAUGUAAGAUUAUUUUUGCAUCAAGAACCCAUUCACAACUAGCACAGGCUAUUAAUGCAUUAAAACGGACGGUUUAUUCAAGACAUAGCGUCAGUGUCGUCGGGUCAAGAGACCAAUUGUGUCUUCUUCCCGAUGUAGCGUCGUUAGAGUCGAAUUCUGCCAAAAUUUAUGCGUGCCGUAUGAGAGUCCAAACGAGAACGUGUGAAUAUUUCAGGAAUUUUGACUCUAAACGUGAUGAUAUUUUAACCAAUUUAAAAUCUGAAGGUAUUGUCGAUAUUGAAGAUUUAUCUAAUUAUGGUCAAAAAAUAAAAUGUUGUCCUUAUUUCAUAUCGAGAGAACUUAAAACCGAUUCAUCUUUGAUUUUCAUGCCUUAUAAUUACGUGCUUGAUCCUCGAAUUCGAAGUCUUUAUAAUAUUAAUCUUGAAAAUACAACAGUUAUUUUCGAUGAAGCUCAUAAUAUUGAGCAAGUGUGCGAAGAUGCUUCAUCAGUGACAUUAAGUUCUGCUUUAUUAGCGUCAGCUAUUGAACAUGUUAAAUGUGUGUGCGAAGUUGUAUUUGAUCAUACUAAGGAGCAUCAAGAAAUAGAACUUUCAGAGAGUAACUGCAACAUGAAUCAAAAUAGUGAACAAAAACUCUCAGUUAUAAUGAAUAGAAAAGGGUUGUUUGAUAUGACACAUCCUGAAGAAAAUGCAAUUGAAGCUUUGAGCAUUGAAAAAAUGAUUACAUUAAAAGGACAGUUGAUAGAAUUAGAAAGAUUAAUUGAUGAAUUAAAUGUCCCUCCGGAAGGUCUUACCAAAGAUGGCGCUUUCAUCUUUGAUCUUCUUAGUCGAGCUGGAAUCAAUCACUGGACCAAUAACACUUUACAAACCGUAAUCGAUGAAAUUAUGUCAUUCACUAAUUCAACACAUAAUGUCAAAAUUCGCAAAACCAAAGGUUUACACGAAGUCAGUGAGUUUCUAAAAACUGUGUUUGGGUACCUCCCGGGUGAAGCAAAUGUAACUUUCAAUUUCAAGACACACUUUAAACUACAACAUAAUGAUUCAAUCUCGUGUUAUCGUUUACAUAUUAAAGAUGAUAUACUAUCAGCUAACAAUUGUAAUAAGUAUGGUAAAAAUGCUUGGGAUAUGCAGCCUAAUACUACUACUACUGUUGGUGCAGCUAAUCGUACAAUUAGUUAUUGGUGUUUCAGUCCUGGACGUGCUAUACAACAAUUGAUCCAACAAAAUGUACGUUGUAUCAUUUUAACUAGUGGUACACUCUAUCCAAUUGAACCAAUAGAAGCUGAAUUAAACUUGAAAUUUCCCAUAUCACUCCGUAAUCCUCAUGUUAUUAAUCCAGACCAAUUGAAUUUAUCAAUUAUACCACGUGGACCCGAUGGAGAGAAAUUAAAUGCCACCUAUUCUGUACGAGAAACGUCUGCUUAUCGAAAUUCAUUAGGUCUACUAUUAAUUCAAUUAGCUGAAGUCGUACCUGCUGGCCUAUUAAUAUUUUUUCCAUCAUAUGCGUUUAUGUCACAGUGUAUCGAAUUUUGGAAGAAUGGUGAUAUUUAUGAAAAUUUAUCAAAAUUUAAACAUAUUUUUAUUGAACCACGUGAAAAAAGUCAGUUCAACAAGAUAUUUAAUGAAUAUCGAAGAACUGCAUGUAUUGAAAAUUCAAUCGGCGCAAUUCUUUUCGCUGUAAUGCGUGGACGUGUAAGUGAAGGGUUAGAUUUAGCUGAUAAUGCUGGUCGAGGUGUCGCUAUACUUGGUAUACCUUAUGCACCAAUUCAUGAUCCUAGAGUACUUCUAAAAAUGUCUUAUUUAGAUGAACAAUUUGUUAAAUUGAAAUCUAAUUCAACAAAUGAUCAACAGCAAAAAACUCUGAUUGAUAAAUAUCCAACUGGUCGUCAGUGGUAUAAUCUACAAGCAUGGCGUGCAAUCAAUCAAGCCGUAGGAAGAGUAAUUCGUCAUUACAAAGAUUAUGGUAUUAUAUAUUUAUGUGAUGAACGUUUUGCAUCGAAUAAUGCACAAAUGAAUUUAGCUGGUUGGAUGCAAACAAAAUGCAAAAUAUACAAUAAGGUGGAAUUACUUGUAAAAGAUACAUAUGAAUUCUUUUGUAAUAUGCGCAAUAAAUAUCCAUCCAUCGAUCGACCUGUUGACACUACUUCAAUUGUAAAUAAUAUGUUAACUGAGAAUAGUUCACUGCGAUCAGUAAAUCGAACAAAACCAUCUUUAGAAAGAUCUAACUUGAUAUCAAAUCUCCCUUCGGCUUUUGAACUGAAUAUAUUCAGUCCAAAUGUGAAUGAUUCAGUUACUCUCAUAACAAGUUAUCAUUCGGAUCACUCACCGUGUUCAUCAAAACUUCAUGAAUGUAAUGUUGAUUAUAAAAUAGAUUCUAUCUCGUCAUCAGCAUCCAUAUUUGAUACGGUGUACAUUGAAUCAGAGAAUAUAGACCAGAAUAAAUAUAUAUCAAAUUCUAAUUCAUACUCUGGUGAUCUAUUAGAACAGAAGUUAUUACAACGAAAACCAUGUAAACGAAUAAAACUUUUGGAACAGAAAAAUAAUUCUAUAGAAUUAUCAGAAAAUGUUUCAUCUACAACUAUUGUAAAUAAUGAUAAUUCUUUAUCAUCUAAAUAUAUGACCUUGUUAAAAUCUGUUCUUAAAUCGAAUGGAACCAAUGAAUCUGUUUAUGCAAGUCGUCUAAAUGAUUUUAAACAAGUUAUGAAAGAAUAUAGACAAGCUAUAACACUAAAUCAAAAUACAUUGAUCAAUCAGUCUAAUCAACUGGUAGAAGUAUUAUUCACUCAAUUAUCUAGAAUAUUUGUACCAUUAGAAGCACCUGGACUUUUACAAGAUGCCAUUUGUUUUAUCUUACCGGAACAUCGUAAACGUUAUGCUGAAUUGUGUCAUAAUUUGACGGGGUUACCAAUUAUUCAAUCAAAUUCAAUAAAUAAGACUGUAGAUACUUCAAAUCAAGUGUCUCGCAGCCUAGCAAUUAAUCCAAAUCAGCCAGUGAAACUAGAGAAUAUACCUGAAGUCUCAAUGAAAUGUUGCAAAUGCUCAGCUGAUCCGGCACAAGUCCCAGUGAUAUCAUGCUGCAAGCACAUAGCUUGUUUUAAAUGUUGGCGACAUAUCAUCGACAAAGGUGAUCAUCAAUGUCCUGUAUGUAGAAAAUUACUGAGACGACGUGACUUAUCACGUUUGACACAAAAAGAGGAUACGGAACAAAAUCUUUAAAUUUUAUUAUUCAAAAAACUGUGAAUCCGUAAGCUGAGGAAUUGUGUUCGUUAUUCUUAUUUUUAUACGAGAAUAAAAUAGAUCGCCCCUAUACAAUGACAAUUUUUCUUUA